CAUUUCGAUAAGUUAAUCGGUGUGCACCAGCCCUGGUACGAAGUUUAGUGAAUUGUUUACAAACUAUUUCUAUUGGUUUAAUAAUGGGAACACCGCGAAAAGGAUUUAAUUACUAUGCGCCCUACUCUCAGAAUGUGCGACAAUACCCAUCUCAGAAUACGGAGUACAUGUCCCAGCAUAAUGGUGGCCAGCAAACGCCACAGAGACCCAACCAAAGCACGCCACAUUUCUACCAGAUUCGAACGCCGCAGCAAAAUGUUGGCUUCUACGAAGAUAGGCAGGGAUCUUCCAGUGCAAAUACGCCCCACUUCUACCAGAUAAAAACACCUCACCAGCAACACGGAAGCCCGCGGAAUUUCGGGUAUCGCGGAGGGGGCGGAGGUGGCAGGCGCGGGCAGCAACAAAAUCAAAGAAAAUUUAACGAUAGGGGAAAUGUUUCUCAAUACUUUCACAGCUCCAUGCUGGAGGACCCGUGGCGGGAGCUGAUGGAACGCCACAAUGCAAUACACGGCAGUGUCUUAAGUGACCCACAGACGGACAGUAUAGGAUCAGAUGAAUAGGUUAAGCUCAAAACUUAAUAUAUUUAUUUACAUUGUAAUAUUAAAAUUCAAUGACAAUGACUUAAUGCUAGUUGA